UUUCCGCGUUUAUAUAAUCACGAAGCUGAGCCAAAGGCAAAGACAAAGUGGGCAACGACUGAGCUCACUCACCUCCCUUCCCGAAUUGCAGUAAUGGAAACCCAACUCAGCCCACCUUUUCUCCCCAGAAACCUUCCAUUUCUCUGCAUCCUCUGUUCUCUUCAGCUUCUUCUUCUCUCACCCUCUCUUUUAGCUGCCACCCCCAAGCUCCAUCAACAAGAAGUGAUAGCACUUAAAGAGAUCGCUAAAAAGUUUGGGAAAACGGACUGGAAUUUCAGCAAGGAUCCUUGCAGUGGAGUAGAGAGUUGGAGCCCCAAAAUUCCAAGAAAAAGCUUCGAGACUACUGUUACCUGCGAUUGCUCUUUUGAUAACAACGCCACCUGUCACAUCACUGCCAUAGCUUUGAAGUCGCAAAAUUUUUCAGCCGGUGUUCCACCCGAGUUUGCAAAGUUCCAUCACCUCAAGAGCUUGGAUCUCAGUCGCAAUUAUCUGAAUGGCUCGAUACCACAACAGUGGGCGUCAAUGCGCUUGCUUGAUCUCUCCUUUAUGGGGAACCGAUUAUCGGGACCAUUUCCUAAAGUCCUCACCAGAAUCACUACUCUCAGGAACCUGAGCAUAGAAGGAAAUAACUUUUCAGGAACCAUUCCCUCAGAAAUUGGAAACUUGAUUCAUCUUGAGAAACUCACCCUAUCAUCAAAUGCAUUUACAGGAAAUCUGCCAUCCACAUUUGGCAAGCUGAAGAACUUAACUGAUAUGAGGAUUAGUGACAAUAACUUCACUGGAAAGAUACCCGAUUUCAUUGGCAACUGGACAAACAUUGAGAAACUGCACAUUCAAGGAUGUUCAUUUGAGGCCCCUCUACCUUCUUCAAUAUCUUCCUUAACAACCUUGACUGAUUUGAGGAUCAGUGACUUGAAAGGUGGGAAGUCCAGUUUCCCUCAACUAGAAGAAAUGGAAUCCAUGAAAACACUGAUAUUGAGGAACUGUAGGAUAGAUGGAGAGCUCCCAGAAUACCUCGGGCAGAUGAAAAAAUUGAAAGCUCUGGACCUUAGUUUUAACAAUUUGACUGGUGAGAUUCCAUCUUCUUUUGAUCGUCUAGCCAAAGUGGACUUCAUCUAUUUGACAGGAAACCGGCUUACUGGAGAUGUCCCACAGUGGAUUUUAUCAACAAACAAGAACAUAGAUGUUUCGGAUAACAUGUUUUCAUGGCAAAGCUCAGGACCAGCGGAAUGCCCGAGUGGAAGUGUUAACUUGGUCGAGAGCUAUUCCUCAUCAGGAGACACAAGCGGAGUUCAUCCAUGCCUCCAGCAGAACUUUCCUUGCUCUAACUCAAGAUCUCGGAAAAGUUAUUCCUUGCACAUUAACUGUGGAGGCAAAGAAACAAUUAUCAGCAAUGGAACUAAGUAUGAGGGUGACUUAGAAGCCCGAGGUGCUUCAAUGUUCUAUUCAAGACCAGACUGGGCAUUUAGCAGCACGGGAAACUUCAUGGACAAUGAUAUUGAUGCUGAUUCCUAUAUUUAUACCAGUACCUCUGCUUUGAAUAAUGUCAAUGGUCCGGAUUCUGAGCUCUAUAAGACUGCCCGUGCAUCGCCCCUGUCUCUCACAUACUAUGGACUGUGUAUGAUGAAUGGAAACUACACUGUCAAGCUCCAUUUUGCGGAGCUUUUAUUUACAAAUGACAGUUCUUUCAAUAGCCUGGGGAAGCGUAUCUUUGAUGUCUACUUACAGGAAAAUCUGGUGCUGAAGGAUUUUAAUAUUGUGAAUGAAGCGGGGGGACCUGAUAAAGCCCUUGUAAAGACUUUUACUGUAGCCGUAACCAGCAACACACUGAAGAUCCAUUUUUACUGGGCUGGGAAAGGAACAACAGGCAUACCAGAAAGAGGAGUUUAUGGCCCGCUAAUUGCAGCGAUAUCAGUGGACCCCAAUUUUACACCUCCUAAAAUAGAUGACGAGAAAAACAUUGCUGUUGGUGAGUUAGUUGGAAUUGUAGCUGGAGCUGUCGCUUUGGGCCUUCUGAUCCUAGGCAUCUUAUUUGUGAUAUUCUUAAGGGGAAGAAAAGUAUCUGAAGAUCGAGACCUUAAAGGCCUGGAUUUACAAGCAGGCAUUUUUACCUUAAGACAGAUCAAAGCUGCAACGAAGAACUUUGAUGCUGCUAACAAGGUUGGGGAAGGCGGUUUUGGUUCAGUUUACAAGGGACAAUUAUCAGAUGGAACAACGAUUGCAGUGAAGCAAUUAUCAUCAAAGUCGAAGCAAGGAACUCGUGAAUUUCUGAACGAAAUAGGGAUGAUCUCUGCACUGAAACAUCCAAAUCUUGUAAAGUUAUACGGGUGUUGUGUUGAAGGCAAUCACUUAAUGGUGAUCUAUGAGUACAUGGAGAAUAACUGCGUAUCCCGGGCUCUAUUCGGAAAGGAUAGAACAAACAAACUUAAUUUAGACUGGGCAACAAGGAGGAAAAUUUGCCUGGGAAUUGCGAGAGGUUUGGCCUACCUUCAUGAAGAGUCAAGCUUGAAGAUCGUCCAUCGAGAUAUCAAGACCAGCAAUGUUCUGCUCGACAAGGACCUGAAUGCUAAAAUAUCCGACUUUGGCCUAGCUAAACUUCACGAGGAUGACAAUACCCACAUUAGCACCCGGAUUGCAGGGACAGUAGGUUAUAUGGCUCCUGAGUACGCAAUGCGUGGCUAUCUAACCAACAAAGCAGACGUCUACAGUUUUGGGGUUGUUGCCCUCGAAAUCGUCAGUGGCAAAAGCAACACCAAUUACAGGCCAAAGGAAGAUUUUGUUUAUCUUCUGGACUGGGCAUAUGUUUUGCAAGAGAGGGGCAAUAUACUCGAGCUAGUGGAUCCCGACUUGGGGUCUAACUAUUCAUCGGAAGAGGCGAUGGUGGUGCUAAACGUGGCGCUGUUAUGCACAAAUGCAUCCCCAACUCUGAGACCAACAAUGUCUCAGGUGGUGAGCAUGCUACAAGGACAAACACUUGUUCAAGACCUGCUUUCAGACCCUGGUUUCUCCUCCACUGAUCUGCAGUUUAGGUCAAUGAGGAGUCACUUUUGGCAGAACCCAAGCCAGGCACAAAGCAUGUCCUCAAAUGGUCCCACCACUGGUUCUGAUGUCUCUUAUGUGGAUAAGGAAGAAACAGCUGCUCUUGUAAGGAAGAAGACAACUUCAUCAAACAACUAGACCUCAUCCUGGACUAUGUAGAGUUCAACCUAAGCUGAUUUACGUUCUUUGUUAGUUAGGGUCACAAGGCAGUGCACACCCUCAAGUAGCAGCUGUCAGGUUUCCCUAAAAAAAGAAUAGAUAAAAGAAAUCCAAUUGUAUAUAAUGUGAUAAACUAUCAUAUUUUAUGAACCCUAUAAAUCUUUGCACUUAUCCUUCA